GAAAUAAGUUUUAUGAAAAAAGAUUAAGUCGAAUAAUAUCAGUUCACUCCAGUGAGCGCCGUGACAAAAGUUUCAGUUUACAACUUCUUCAGUUGCCAUGGGACAUUUUCUGGUGCUGGCAGUGUUGACAGCCUUCAUCCUGCCGACUUCCCAAGCCGUGUUCGACUGUUCCGGGAAGAGGGACUACUUCUACAAAGACGACGUCAGCUGUAUCAAAUACUACGAGUGUCGCUACGGGCAGCUAUCGGGGACGUACUCCUGCUCACUAGGGUACUUCUUCUCUCAGGAUAAUGUGGGUUGUGUCUCGGCUACCAGGCUCAUAGAGGACGGGUCGUGUACCAUUCAUGGAUACCGUGCUGGCAUGGCGCCCGAAGGACCUUUCAUCUGUCCGAGAGCUGGCAUGUUUGCUGUAAGCAAGAACUGCUCCCUGUACAACUUCUGUAGCCGCGCGGACGUGGAGGGGAACACUCUGCAGUGCCCGGAACAGUUCUUCUUCAACGAGACCAUGGGAUCUUGUCGCUGGCGAGGCCACUUCAAAGACUGCCUUGAAGAUGGUACCCGAUUCACUCCAACACAACCUCCAACAACCACGCCGAAGCCUACAGAGUGGAAUCCCUGGCGAAGAACAACAAAAAGAAUCACUACCACGCGUGCUCCGACCACCACGGGAAAACCUUGCUUUAAAGAAGGCUUAAAGACUGUGGACACUGAAGACUGCAGCGGCUUCUAUGUUUGCAACAAUUUGGCUUGGGUUCGAUACCAAUGCCCGCCAUUGUUGAUGUAUAACAAUAAGACCGGCGUCUGCCAGUGGGAUGUGAAGGUGGACACGUGCGACAAAGGGACGUUUAUAUGGCCAACUACAACAACAACGACAACAACGACAACGACGACGACAACAACACCAACGACGACAACAACAACAACAACACCAACGACGACAACAACACCAACGACAACAACAACUCAAGCCACAACAGAACCAACCACGGUCGCCACUACGACAGAACCAACAACAGCAGAACCAACGACCUUGACCUUAGAGGUGACCUCUUCCGCCACAUCAGAUAGUGACACAGAAACCUCAAACAUCACCACCCCUGUCAGCACUGAGUCGCCGGGGAAUACUUCCACAGUGAUACCGGACCAAGACAAAGAAAUCACACUUGUGAUAACUGGGGAGAAUUCUACAGGCGCCGAGGUGAAGCUGACGACAAAGUUUCAGGUCAACAUCUUAAAUGCUAGAGGCACGGCCACAGCGGGGCGCUAUCUCAGCCUUAAUAUCUUCAUCUUUUCACUGGUUUUCAGCCUGUUCCUAUGGCAUUCCUAGAGGGGGGUUUAGUACCUUUACCAGGAGUUGAACCCGGAUAUCGAGACAAGUGGGAACUAAAAAAAAACUGAUCCACUAUUUCUAUAAAUCACUUGUAUUCUCGCUUUGAAGUUUGCAUCACCAGUUGUAAAGUAGAAGACGAUGGCUGUGGUGAUGUUUACUUGUAUGCAGUCUUAACAAGGUAGCUGUCUACGUGACAGCCACUACUCGAACCUACAUUAUGUUAUCAAAAUAUUGAGAAAUACCUUUUGAAAUACAUUUACCUUAUUCAAGAUCUAAGAGAUUGUGUUAUGACGAAGCUUCUAAGAGAUAUUAAUAGACAAAAAAAGUUUAUAAUCCACAUGUGAAAAAAGACUAUGCAACAAUAUGAUGUGGUUCUUCGGAGAAAUACUUCUUAUGUUGCGUUCUGUAUAUUUAUUUAUUCCAUUCGUAUUCAUUGUACUUCCUUCGUUUUAGGUUUCUGUAUAUUUUCCCCAGUAACCGUUGUGUUUGAAACGUUUUGUCCCAAACACUCCUAACGCAUUAGCACCAGUGCACGGUCGCAACUAAAAUAUUCUACGAAUUAAAGGGGAAAUGAUUGUUUUCCCCUGGCUCAUCUACUACAGCUGUGAGUUUCUGAUUUGUUGUUCCUGAUUAACGAUGUUCAGCUGUAAAUAAAUUUGAAAAGCUUGAAUA